CCAAACCGCCGCCAUUUUCCUUGUUGUAGGUGCCUCAAAUGUCAUAAUAAUUUCAAUUUUCAUGUAAAAUAGAAUUUUCUUUGAUUUUUUAAGUUAUUCGGUAGGUUAAUUUAAGUGUUUUGCAAAUUAUUGAUGUGUUCAUAAGUUUUCAUUCUGGGUUUGUUCGUGUGCUUUAGUCUCGUGACAGAAGUUCAAGUUAGUCGUCAUUUCAAGGAUUCUCAAUGUCCUACAAUGAGGAUCAUCUUCAUAAAAGGUAGCAAAAGCGUUACGCCCACAGCGUGAAGAUAAAUCCUAUGUUAUUGUGUUCAUAUGGUGAUGAGAACGCGAGGAGUGGUGAAAGUGCGCGUAUAUUGAUGGGACAAUGAGCGAUUCCCCAGGCGUGGAGUGGCUCCCUGCGUUUAGCCCUGGCCCGCCACGCCACAGUCCGCUAGGCCCCAUCCCGCGGUUUCUGUACGAAGAUGUGCAGCCGCUGGGAUUGCAGCAGGAGAACAAUAACAAAGAGGCCGACCAGAAAGAGAAUACGAAUAAAAUCAAACAUGCGAAGCCCGCGUACAGUUAUGCCAGUAUGAUAAGGCUGGCGAUCAGCAGUUCUCCGAACGGCAAGAUGACGCUGAAUGAGAUCUACACGUACAUAUGUAACGCCUUCCCCUAUUACAAAGAAGCUGGCAAAGGUUGGAUGAAUUCUAUACGGCAUAACUUAUCCCUGAACAAAUGCUUCAUGAAAGUGGCUCGCAGUAAAGACGAUCCUGGCAAGGGCUCUUAUUGGGCGAUGGACACCAGCUACAAAAUGGCGGAGGUUGCGCCUAGAAGACGAAGGAGUCUUAGGAUGGCCCCGUACAGCCCGGAGUGCAGUUCGAACAGUAGCGGCGAGGCGGGCGGCGCGGGGGUGGCGGGGGCCGACGCCGCGCCCACGCCGCCCGCCACGCCCACUACGCCGACCACGCCCACCUCGCCCACCGUGCCCGGCGCCGUCAAGGAGGAACCUAUCGUCAAAGAGGAAUCAGAUUCGAAGCACACAGAUGACGCGCUGUCUGCGCUCAUGAACGAGGAGCUAAUGACGGACGUCGAUAUAAGUAGCGAGCGGUCGUGGUGCGACGGAGGGCGGCGCCACGUGUGCGGGGCGCUGCGCCACAGCUCGCUGACGGACGACUACGGGAACUUCGUCGUCACCAGGUACGACUGCGACUGCCCCGCCGACCCCGACCCCGCCGCCCUGGGGGGCAGCACCACUGGAGUGCUCGGGCCCGACAUCGCAGCGCCGCUGACCCCGUUGACCCCGUUGACCCCGUUGACCCCGCUGACCCCGGCGUACGUGCCGCUGCCGUACUGGAACUCGGAGAGUUUAUAACAUCGGGGCCCGCGCGCGCCCCGCCCCUGACUCCGGUCCGCUGUCUCCUCCGUUCGGUUGCUCCGUGUCUCCAUAUCACCGUUUGUUUCACGUCAAUUGUUUCCCGCGCUCUGUCCCGCCUUCACAGCGUCCGUGUGACGUCGCGACCCACUAUACUUAACUAAACUUGACUAGUGUAAGGGCAAAAUGUAAACGUAAGUGAGGUUAGAUGUAACGGAUUGUGCGCAAGACUUUUGAUCAAGUUUUAAACGAUACGUUAAAUACUAAAACCUUAACUAAUAUAGGAAACUUUAUUAUCUUUAUAUCAAAUCGUUUGUUACGUGAACUUGGUCAAAAUGCUUUGCUUGUUUGGAUCGAAAGUUAGCUUGAUGAUAAAUAACUAGAGUAUAUAGUACAUGUGUUCGAGUGAAGCUUGCCAUUUUUGACACGUUUUGAACUUUAUAUAUUUGACUGUGGUGAUGACUGGACUGGCAAAUAUGGAUUGAAAAAAAUAAUAAUUGGUAAAUAAACGAUGUGUAUUAGAAUAAUACUAAUCACGCCAAACAAUUUUACACUUUUUGAUGUAGUUUAUGUAAAAAAGAACAUGCUUUAUUUGCCCAAGUACACUGAAAGACUAGAGAGUCUUGUAUUUGGCAAUGUAAUUGGAAAUAUUGCAAGGAAAGUUAUACACAGCGUCCGUCGUUGCCACGUCGAUAGAAGAUAUACCGAACAAGCACAUAGAUACUUAUAAAAGUUUUAUACAAGAAAGUGAUUACAGAAAACAUUAUCAGCAACAUAUCUGUUGGAUUACGAUUAUAUAGAGUAGUGUAGUUACCUUAGUUGAAGGACUUGUUGUAUUGUUGUAUAAGCGAUGUAUAGCGUUACGUGGCGGACACAUGUCCUCUGGUACAGCAGGAAAAUUCAAUAUGCUACCUUCGAACAAUAUAAUACCUAAAUAACUAUACAGUCAUCCAAUAAUAUAGGUACCGAAAAACAAUACAAUGUAGUUAUAUGGAUAUGACAAAAUGUUAUAAUUAUCUUUUGAAAUUGGUAAAUCAUUCAAUCACUUUAUCACUUUUACCUACAAUGUACACGGAUAUUGUAUGUAGAUACAACCAAAUAUUAUAUGAACUUUUCGUUUUGAAAUUGGGAGAUCACCCAUCCAUUGUCUUAUGCCGUCAUCUGAGGAGCCAACGGGAGUGAGGGGGUGUCAAAUUCUUACUGACUCAUAACUAACGCCCCGUUCCUCCACCUGCUCCGAAUUAAAUUUUGGACGCUUUAUAUAAAAGUUUAAUGAAUAUGGAUAAGUGUACUAUACACAUGCAUUCAUACAUUCUGAAAUACCAAACUGGAUUGUACGAAACCAGUCUCGAAAUCCAAGAUUCCAAGUCCACUUUCAGUAUAGGCGUCCGCAGAAACUCAGUGAUACCUGAGCUUUACAAUUUUGUGACACGUAAUAUGUAAACCAAUAAUUAUUAUAAUUAACAAUUAACUUACGCUACUUUUUCGAACUCGAAUAGUUUCGAGCCAAGCAUGGGGCUCAUAUGUGGGACUGUGCAACGUUAGCCGUAUCGUGUACAGCGCAAUUGUAAAACUCAUGAAUAUGAGCCCCUGAUUUGAAACUAGUUGAAUUCUCGUCCGAUACAUAAGUAACAACAAUAACUAGGAAAUACUCUACAUUCCCGAAGGUAGCAUAUUAAAUGAAAACGGAUGAUGUAAUAGAUAUACGACAGUAUUGGAGCCAGAGUGGUGACGAACAGAUCUCAGAAUGACCAGUAUAAUAUAUUAUUAUAAUUAAAAAAUAUAUAAUAUUAUUAUAGUGUGCUAAUAUUUUAUAAUUUUAACUGUGCAUAAUGUAAUAUUAGUUACAUUUAGUUAUAACAUAUAAAAUAAAUAUGAGUUAGUCUGUACGAAUUUAUAAUUUAAAUAUAAAGUAUGUAACUAUUAGUCUAUUUAAUAUGGAGUCACACUUAUAUACGUAAAUAUUGCUUUUUAGGACGUCGUAUAUCGGCCUAUUGAUAUAUUAUACAUAUACGUUAUAGUACGCGCGGGCACUGUCUGUUCUACCACUUUUUCAGAGAAAUAUGUUACUUGUGGAGUUGCAAAUAAAGUACAGAAUAGUAGUAGCACGACAGACAUUGCCCACGAGUGCUCGCUGUUAGGUUCCGCUUGCCUAAGUAACGAUUAUUUCUAGUUUAUUUUUAUAAGGUGCAAAUACGUAUUUUUGUGCCAUAGUAGCGUCGGUCGAACGAUGGCAUUGAACACUUAGAAUUAUAUAUAAUUAUAUAAAAAAAAAGAAAAUAAAACUGUCCCAUAUCUUAUUAAAAAAUGUGUUCAAAAAAGUUUUUUAGAAGUUGUACCAACAUACACGAGUAACAUUUAGUAUGUGUAUAUAGUAGUAAUUAUUUUAAUAUUAACUGAGAACACUUGGGAUGUUAUGUAUUGUAACAUUUUUACCCGUUUAUAUUGAUAGUGCGAGCCACGAAUUUUUAUAUGUAAGCUCACAUAUUUGUAGGUUUAAGUGGAUCGUUCAUUUAUAUUGAAGCUUUGGUGGCGCGGUGGUGCCCACGGAAAUAUGUGAGCGUUAUGUAUCGAGUCGCGGGUGGACUGCACUCCUGGAUGCCCUCCAUCCCCCAACAUACUGGUCAAAACCUAAAGUUAUAACGUCUGUUUUAAGUAAAAUAUACAUCGUAAUUUGUUUUCCUACAGGAAAGUAAGAGUGUGGUCCAACCGAGCAUGAUUCACAGUCCUUGUGGUUGAUUGUGGUUAUACAUAUACAUAUUAUAAUAAAUGUUCAGAUUCCUUUAAAGAAAUAUUGUGAGUAACAUUGGUUCAACAUUCCUUUGCCAUCGACAAGUAUAAUUAAAUUAAUAUUAGAAAUUU